UUGGAGUUUGGGGUUUAAGAGGAAAAAGCAAAGGGUGAAGGCGGAGGAGUUAAUCAUACGCAGUGGAUUGGGUUUGUCGCGUAGUCGGCUAAUUUUCUCCCCUUCAUCUUCAAACCUCACCCUUUCCUUUCUCUUUCCCUCAACCUCUGUACUCUGCUCUGCUCUCUCAGAGAGUUCCAUUCCUCUAUGAAGAAAAUCUUUACUUAAAUUUUCUUCCUAUCCAAACAAGAAAAAGUUUGAAAAAAAGAGAAGAAAAUGUCUCAUUCAGUAUUCCAAACAGCACAAAUCAUGCCUAUCAAUACCCAAAUCAUCCCUUCUUCUAAACCCAACUUAUCUUCAAAACCCUUAUUGCCCCCUUCACUCUGCCGCCCUUCUCUUUUCGCUGGAAAAGUUCGUAAAACCAACGGUGUUAUCAUCAAGGCUACGGCGUCUCCGGCGGUCGAUGGCGACCCUAUUGCCGCCUUGGAACGCUGCUUUCAAGCUUCACCUUCUAUCGAUUCUCCGGCGUCUUCGUCGUCGUCUUCUUCGGCUAUGUACGCUCCGGUAAUGAAGGGAGGAAAAUACGGUGCGUUUGGUGCGACUACGUUGGAAAAAUCGAAGCUUGAUUUGACCCAGCAGAAGCAGACCAGGUCUAGCCCUGAGCUUUCAACUGGCGGAGGAGGUGGAAAUAUGGGAAAGAAUCUAAAUCAUGGUGGUGGUGAUGGAGGUGACGAUGGUGGUGAUGAUGAUGAUUACUUCGAUGAUUUUGAUGAUGGUGAUGAGGGAGAUGACGGUGGACUCUUUAGGAGGCGAAUGAUACUGCAGGAGUUGUUUGAUCGUAAAUUUGUUGAUGCCGUGCUGAACGAGUGGCAGAAGACAAUGAUGGAUUUACCAGCUGGACUCCGGCAAGCCUAUGAAAUGGGAUUAGUCAGCUCUGCCCAAAUGGUGAAAUUUCUUGCUAUGAAUGCUAGGCCCACCAUGGAGAGAUCUAUUUCUCGGUUACUCCCUCCAGGAUUAUCCAGGGCAUUCAUUGGCAGGAAGAUCGCAGAUCCGGCAUUUGUAUACAAGCUGCUUCUGGAGCAGGCAACUACAAUUGGUUGCUCAGUGUGGUGGGAGAUCAAAAACCGUAAGGAAAGGAUUAAACAGGAGUGGGAUCUUGCACUUCUUAACGUUCUAACUGUAACGGCUUGCAAUGCUGCUGUUGUUUGGACGCUUGCUCCUUGUCAUUCCUAUGGGAAUACAUUCCGCUUCGAUUUGCAGAACACAUUACAGAAGCUUCCGAACAAUAUCUUUGAAAAGAGUUAUCCUUUAAGAGAAUUUGACUUGCAGAAGAGAAUUCAUUCUUUUUUCUAUAAGGCUGCAGAGUUGUGUAUGGUUGGACUCAGUGCAGGAGCCGUGCAAGGGGGUCUAUCAAAUCUUCUUGCCAGUAAAAAGGAGGGAAGGUUAUCAGUGAGUAUCCCAUCUGUGAGCAGUAAUGCACUUGGUUAUGGGGCCUUCCUUGGUGUUUAUGCAAACCUGCGUUACCAGCUGUUGAAUGGAUUUGACAGAGCUGUAAUUAGUUACUUUGAUGUUAUUGGGGUGGCUCUCUUCUUCAGCACUGCCAUGAGAGCCUUGAAUGUUCAAGUAGGAGAGACAUCAAGACUAGCUUGGCUUGGUGUGGAGGUGGAUCCAUUGGCUCAUUCAGAUGAUGUAUUGAAGGCGUACAGUCGGCCUACUGAAGGUCUCGAGCAGUCAUCGUCAAAGUGGUUCAUAUCCAAGAAUGCGAUUGUUUCCGGGCUUGGGCUUCUUGGUAUCAAACAGGGUCAGAGUAACUCAACGACCGAGGGUGAAACACCAGCAGCUCCCAAGGCUCGGAGAAAAAGAGUAGUCAAGAAAAAGGUAGCAAGUCGAGCCUAGUUGGUUGAUAUAGUAGGCCAUCAGCUGCUCACUUUUUGCAAACCUGAGUCUUGGAUGAGGAUUUUUGCUCUAAAGAAGCUGAGAUGCAAGUUCAGUUAUGACCAUUACAGCUGGAAGUGAUUCAACUGUUCCAGGAUGCUGGGAAAGCUGCAUCUCAGUUGUUUCCUCAUUACUUUCUAGAUUUUUAUAACAAGAUUUAAGAUUGAAGUUUACAAAUCUUUUCAAUGGCUAGGUUGUAGGUAUAUUGCUGAUCAAUCAUUUUUUUCAGAUGCUUAUAGUUUCAUGGCUACACCUUAUCUACUUUCUUUUUCUCGCUGGUAGUGUCAUGCACUAGAGCUCUAUUAUGAGUACGUUUACUUGUUAGGCAGAGAUCGAGAAAACUUAGGCCUUUUUCAUUUCUUUUUUGUUAUUUUUUUCCUAUUCGAAUCCAACAAAGAUGUACAAACUUCCACAGAAGGAGUGACAGCUUUAAAGCUUUUAAUCUUUUCUGUCGUAA